UGCCGCCGGCCCCGGAUUGGCUGGCGGCGUCUGGUAUUCCGCGCGUGGGCUCAGUUUCCGCUCUUAUUGGCGGACCCGCCUAGUAGCCCGAGAAACUGAGGCGUGCGGGGCGGUGGCGAACCUCCGCGAGACCUCUGGUUUAGGGGCCUCUGCUGGGCCCUGGUGGUGCAGUGGGUAAGCGCUGCAAAGCUAACCAGAAGGUGGGCGGUUUGAACCCACCAGCCGCACCGCGGGAGAAAGACGUGGCAGCUGGCUUCCAUAAAUAUUUACGACCUUGGAAACCCUGUGAGGCAGUACUGCUUUGUCCUGUAGUGUCGCCUAUAAGAGAAAGAGAAAACCCUGGUGGCGUAGUGGUUAAUUGCUAUGGCUGCUAACCAGAAGGCUGGCAGUUCGAAUCCACCAGGCGCUCCUUGGAAACUCUAUGGGGCAGUUCUACUCUGUCCUGUAGGGUCGCUAUGAAUCGGAAUUGACUUGACGGCAACGGAUUACGGGUGUAGUAGAAGAAAACAUUACUUAAAGGCCAAGAUGGACCUUGUACUCAGUGUUGCAGAUGAUCAUUUUUUUACACCGUAUGUGUACCCAGCUGCGUGGCCAGAGGAUGACAUCUUCCGACAAACUCUCAGCCUCCUGAUUGUGACAAAUGUUGGUGCUUAUAUCCUUUAUUUCCUCUUUGCAUCACUCAGCUAUUAUUUUGUCUUUGAUCAUUCGUUGAUGAAACAUCCACAAUUUUUGAAGAAUCAAGUCUCUCGAGAAAUUAAGUAUACUGUCCAGGCACUGCCAUGGAUAAGUAUCCCCACUGUUGCAUUGUUCCUGUUAGAGGUGAGAGGUUACAGCAAAUUGUAUGAUGGCAUAGGAGAGUUUCCAUCUGGUUGGAUUCAACUCUGUGUUAGUAUAGUAUCCUUCCUCUUUUUCACUGACAUGUUGAUCUAUUGGAUUCACAGAGGCCUUCACCAUCGACUUGUAUAUAAGCGUAUACACAAACCUCAUCAUGUUUGGAAGAUUACUACGCCAUUUGCAAGUCAUGCCUUUCACCCGGUGGAUGGUUUCCUUCAGAGUCUACCUUACCAUAUAUACCCUUUUAUCUUUCCCUUACACAAGGUGAUUUAUUUAACUUUGUACGUCUUGGUCAAUAUUUGGUCUAUUUCCAUUCAUGAUGGUGAUUUUCAUGUCCCCAAAAUCUUAAGACCAUUUAUUAAUGGCGCAGCUCAUCAUACAGACCACCACCUAUUCUUUGACUAUAACUACGGACAGUAUUUCACAUUGUGGGAUAGAAUUGGAGGCUCAUUCAAAAACCCUUCGUCUUUUGAAGGGAAGGGACCGCUUAGUUAUAUGAAAAAGAUGACAGAAGAAAAAUGCAAGAACCAUGCAGGAAAUGAUUGUAAAAAUGAACAAUUAUUCAAUGGAGAGUGUACAAAGAAUGAGUAGAUUAUUGCCUAAUUAUUCUGAAGUAUUUUUAAUAAGUUAAAAAUAUUCUACAUACAGCAAAGAGUCAUAGCAAGUAAAUGGUAUCAUUUGAAAAUCAGCACUGUAGAUACUGCUGAGGAAUGGUAGAUCAAAGGAAGAUGCUGUGAGCACUAGGAUUUGAAUUUCAUGAUUAAAAUGCCAGGCCUUGGUAUAAGGGACAACUUGGGUCUUUCUAGCCAGCAGAUCUGUAGUUCAUCUUCCUGCAAUGUCAAUUUUCAGAAAGAUGGAGGAUUAUCGAGAGGACUAGGCUUUUUCUUUUUGCUUUAUUCCACCCACAUGCAUCAAGAAACAUCCAUUAUGCUUAAUAAUACCAAGACUAAGAACCAUAACAAAGAAGUACUAAUGUAAAGAUGGUUCUUUGUUUCUGGAAUGGUUAAGUCUUGGGUAUUGGGAUGAAGAUGAUGACUUGUAUUUGGUUCAAGUGAAAACAUGAAUGUGAAAAAAAAAUUCUGAUACAACAUAUUAGCUGUUACAUAAAUGACCUGAUUAAUAGCAGGUAUAAUCACCUUCCUACACAUGCAGAGCUCAUUGUCUGGGAACGUUGUCAGAUAUUUACAUUUUACUGAUGUAGAAAUAAAACAGAAUUUGAACAAACAUCAAUACUACCAUGAUUUAAUCCAGAUCUGGGAUUAUUGAACUGAAGAUUUUGUUGGUUAUUAUUUAAAGCCAUUAUUUAAUCAGUGUAAAAUAUGCGAAUCUGAAUAUAUUUAGAAAGGAAAACUUGAUAUCUGAAUAAUAUAUUUGACACUACUGAUUUUUUUAAAUUAAAUUGAUGCACUGCACUUUUGAUAUGUUUCAAAGUUACGAACGUAUACUUUUCUUUAAAAGGAAAUAAUUGCCAAAUAUUUAGGCCAAUCACUGAAUAGUUUUGAAAUCUUAUUCUCCCCCUCUCCCCUCUCUCUUCCCCAUUUUCUCUGCAAAAAAAUUUAACAGCUAUGUUCAUAAAGAAAUGUGCAUUGUAACAAAUACAUUAGGAAAAACAUGGUUUACAAAGGCAUUCUAUAAGCUAUUUAUAUAAAAUCAAUAAAGUUGAUAAUGAUUAUUAUUAAACUGUUAUCAGUUAAAUAUUGUAACAUCACAAAGUUUUCUUUAGACAAAUUGUCAGUUUGAAAGCCCAGAAAUGAUGCGGCCUGUCAGAACUGUAUUAAAACAUCCCCAGAGGCUCAGUGUCCAGGGGAAAAAUACAGAUGGUGGGGGGAGGGGUGUCACCUUCUUUUUAUACUUCACAUGUCUGUUAAAAUUUGAGUAUUCUGCAAGAGGCCGGUCAUAAAAUUUAAUGCCUAGGAUCCGGAAAAAGUUUUUUUUCCCUCUCUGAAUUACUGUUAUACUGUCAUUUUACUUCACUGUACCAAUAUACCAGUUGAUAUUUUGUAGUACGUAAACGCACCUGAAUGCUUCUCACUAAUACCCUUCUCUCCCCACCCAGUACUCCACUUUGCCUGAGAAGGAAAAUUAAGGAGAAGUAAAACUUUGUUUCCUAAUAAUAAUGACAUCUAAUGAGUCGGAAUCAACCUGAUGGCACACAAAAACAACAAUAUUUAUUGAACUUUUAUUAUUGGUCAGGCACCAUUACAAGUCCUUGACACAAGAAAACUGGGACCCAGAGAAGUUAAGUACUUUCCUGAGGUUUAUUUCUCACUCGUGAAGUCCAGUAUGGAUAUUUGUGGUCAGUGAGCAGCUUUCCAUAUAAUCGUUCUGAAACUCAGGCUCCUUACACCUUGUGGCUCUGCCUUUCUCUCACCCCACACGCCCUGAUUGUUGAGGGAGCAGAUAGGGAAAGAGGAUAGAAUUUGCACAUGGGAAAUUUCUUUUGUGCCAGGCUAAGAAGUAGUGCAUAUCACUUCUGCCCACCGUCCUUUGGACAAAUCUUGGUCUAUGGCCCACCUUACUGAAAGAGUUUCUGGGAAGUACAGCUAGCUAUGUACCUGGGAGGAAAGGGAAACCAGUUUCUUGAAGAGCCAGCCAAUUUGCCAUAUCCAUGCAAUUUAUUCCCCUCUGUUUGAGGGUCCCAAGGAUAGAAAGGCAUUGAAAGGUGACUGAGCUCAGGAAUAUUUCAAGUUAUCCAUAUGCUGGUUAUCUUAGUGUAAUUCCAUAACUCCAAUUGUGUUAGUCUCCAGAUUCUUACUCAUGUAGCUUAUAGAAAAGAAGGAACAGAAUUUAUGGGUAGAGGCCUCUCUAAAAGGUGUUAGAAAUAAUCAAACUAGCCUCUUCCCUCCCACUCUUCUCAAAUUCUGCUCUUAUUAAGCAGUAUGGGCCUAACAGUUUUUAAGCACCAUUACCACAUUCUCCUGUUACCCAUUAGAGGAAUUCAGAGGUCCUUCCCACAGAAAUAUUAAAUAAAAAAUACUUUUUCUAUUGACUUUAAAACUUUUUAUAAUAUAGGGCAGAAAGGGAAAGUGAAGCCUACAUUUUCCACUUUUAUUGUAUAAGUUGGGAAGUGGCUGGAGAUGCUGAGAGAACACAUUUCAAAAAUGCAUAAAGUUUCAAAAACUUAGUGAGUCCUCAUCAUCCUCUCUGUCUCUGAAUACUGUGAAUUUCCAACUCCUCAUACACCUAUAGCAUGAUUCAUUUUCCCUUCCAUCUUCAAGAAGUCAGAGACAAAUUGGGAGAGAAACUAUAAGUUCAGUUUUUGAUACAUGGAGUUUACAGUGCAGGCAGAUUGCUUAUAUAGAGAUGGUGUCUGGGAGGAGGAUGGAAACUAGGGAGAAAAAUCAGAACAAAGAUUUGGGGUUAAUCCAGAUAGAAGAGACAUUUAAAGCCAUGAGAUUGCCAAGGCCAGCAUGAAAAAAGAUAUAAAGAAACAAACCAACUGCAGGGGAAAAGUUGGUCUUCCUAACUUCUUCAGACACACAAAACGCUUUGCUGGCAGUCUUAAAUCAGCACUUACGCUUUCUGUCAUCUAUUAUAGUUAUGUGUAUCUUAUCUGUUCUAGACCGUAAAUGCCUUGAAAGUAAAAACCACCUGAAUCAUUGUAUUAAACCAUGCAUCCUUACAGAAUCCCCAGCGUGGCUGUGGUUCGAUAAAUACUAGUUGAACGUUCUUCUCUUUGAACUAGGUGCAAAUGUUGAAUCUACAGACUCGACUGUAUUUUUAGUGAACAAUUUGUUCCUCGGUCAUUUAGCAGACAUUUUGUUGAAUGCAUUGGGAAAGGCAAAGUGGGAAAUAAAGAGGAAUCAAAGAGGGCCCUUUAUCAAGGAUAGGCUCUAUUCCUUUUUCUCAUCCAAAGUCAUAACCUUCCACUGGAAACAAACAAACGUAACCUACCAGUGCUCAGUAUUCUGGCCAUAUAUGAAUCAGUAAAACAGGUACUCAUUAGAGGGCUGGAUGAAUCCGUAUACGUGGCACUUAACCCCACUGUGCAUACAAAAGAAGACCCUCAGAGAUAGCGGCUGAUUGAACCAGGGACGGACAAAUUUAGUAGGACCUCAAUAACUUCAACUGGAGGAUAACUCUCUACCUCAGAAGAAUUGUAGUAGCUAAGAGCUUUGGCAUUAAAUAGGUGAUUUUGAGUCCUGGCUCUGUUACUUGCUGAUGAUGACCCUUGGUUUCUCCAUCUGUAAAUUGAUAAAAUAGGCCUACCUCAUAGGAUUAAGUUGUUAUUUGCUGUCAUCUUGUCUCUGACUCAUGGCAGCCUUAGGUAUAACAAUGAAUUGUUGCCCUGUCUUUUACCAUCUUUAAAUAUCAUUUUGAAACUCAGAUGUUAGCUGAGGUUAUUCAUGUAAAUUGUGCUUAAUGCUUCCUCUUCCUAGGUUCAGUGGUUGUCUUUACACCUAAGCUAGGCCCUCAGUAGAAAUCAGUUGGAGGAGAACAAAAGGCUAGAUACUUUCACUUUAAAACUGGAGGGCGAAAGACAUGAAGUUAACUAGGGUGAGGGGGUACAGAGGAAAUUACGUAAGUAAAACUAAUACGUCAUUUACCGUAAAAUGUCUUUAUAAGAGUUGUAGGAUACCUAGAUUAUUUGUUGCUAUAUAGUUUCAGGAAACCCUGGUGGCAUAGUGGUUAAGUGCUACGGCUGCUAACCAGAGGGUCAGCAAUCCGAAUCUGCCAGGCGCUCCUUGGAAACUCUAUGGGGGGCAGUUCUACUCUGUCCUAUAGGGUCGCUAUGAGUCGGGAUCGACUCGACGGCACUGGGUUUUAUAUAGUUUUAUGAAAACAAAUGCAUUGUUAUAAAUCAUAAGACCAGCCUACGAGAUUUUGAGAUAGAAUAGAAGAAACAUACUUUGUCUGAAAAGUAGAAUAAGUUAAAAUGAUUAAGAAAGCAAGAAGGAAGCAUGCCAACUAUUUUGUCCACAAGCUUUAUUGCCAAGAGGGAUUUUGGUAUAAAAAGAAAAAUACUUAUAAAUACUUGCUUUAGUUAAUAUUUGCUUUAUUAAAAUAAUAAGUUUAAAACACAGUUUUUCUUAAAUCUCUAAGCCCAGCUUGGAGAUCUUGUUAUUCUGUUACAAGUAUGGUGAAAUUUGUAUAAAAAUAAAGAGUAAUUGCAUUCUCAUUUCUUUGACUACCAAUUAACUCAGAAAUUUGACAUCAGAUAUUCUAAACAUUUAACACCAUUUAUGUAUUUUGUCCAUCACAUUUUCGUAAACAUUUGAUCAGAGAUUUAAUUUAUUUCAUUAUCUUUUUAUUUCAAAUACCUCAACCGCUAAAAAGGCAGACUUUCAUACUUGACAGAUUUUUCUAAGCACCUCAACCACUCAUGAAUAAACCCAUACUUAAACAUACACAAAACAGCAUAAUGGUAUUAAAACUCAUGAGUCACUCAAACAAGUAUUCAUAUUAUAGACUUUUAUUCACUUCUUGCACCAUUUCUUUAUGAAUUGUCUUCCUCUGUUUUAAGAUUACGGUUUUGUUCACUAAGCCAUUUACAUAAGUGAAAAACUUGUCCCCCUUAUAUGUGCUUCCAAACAAAGAAAAAGAAGGCUGGGACCUUAGCACAUGUUCCAGUGUUAAAACAGUAACUUUUGUAGUGGCUUUUGUCUGUCACUUCAUUGGGAUGUUUUUUUAAACUAUAUAAUUUAUAUACAAUCAAAUACAUGCAUUUUAAUUGUACAGUUCAGUAUACUUU